CUUUCACUUCAGAUUGACAGGCUCUGAGCCAAUAAGGGCGAAGCUAGGCUGUAGUGGGCGGGACUUUCCCUAUAGGACUUCAGUUGUUUAAAAUGUCUCCCUAACAACCGAACUGGAGUCAAACAGCAGAAGUUUUCGCUGGACAAACGCCUCGAGUCGGAAUGGCUGGGACUGGCGAGGGGAAGAAAGAGGAGGCCGACUACAAGAGACUGCACAGCUUCCCUCUCAUCAGGGUAGGAGAGAUGCGGGACAGUGUCUUUGGAUACAGGACAAGAAGAAGAUACAGGAGCAACCCAUUCUGCAAUGACAACAUCAAAACUAGUGUACUCUUUUGCUGUCACACAGACAUGCCAGAGGAAAUGAGGGUUGAGACCAUGGAGCUCUGCGUUACAGCCUGUGAAAAGUUUGCCACGAACAAUGAGAGUGCAGCGAAGAUGAUCAAGGAGUCCAUGGAUAAGAAAUUCGGCAGCUCGUGGCACGUGGUGAUCGGUGAAGGCUUCGGCUUUGAGGUCACGCACGAAGUGAAGAACCUGCUGUACAUGUUCUUUGGAGGGAGCCUGGCCGUGUGUGUGUGGAAGUGCUCGUAGCACCUCCUCACUGCCCCUCCCCCUCUGACGUGGUCACUGGGCUGGAAAUGAACACCAGCUACCAGCCAAACGCUGGUUACUCUUUGUUGCGGCAGGUUAGUUUGUCCACACUACCAGCCACUGUGGCGGAAAAUAAAUCAUCAUUUGGA